CAAUCGCUCCUCGUUCUCGGGGGUGGAAAUCGUAAAACUCUGGCCGAAGAGAAGCCCCUUUCCUCCGGCACCGAUGUUCUCCGCUGUUCGAUCCCGAGCCCUCGGCCAAUGGCGCCCGCCGCCGCACCUUCUUCCGCGCCUCCUCUCCUCCGCCAGCGCCUCGUCGGCUCGGCCGGCCGAGCUUAUCGAGCUCUCGGAGGUGGAGAAGGUGCUGCACGACGUCCGGGCGGGGGACGUGCGUGUGUUCCCCGUCGGUGAGGGCGGGCUCCACGGCGGCGCCUGUGCGGACUACAUGGUCGUCGCCACUGGCCGCUCCGACUGGCACGUCCGCAACAUCGCACAGGCCAUACUCUACAAGAUAAAGCAGAAACAGAAGGGUUCUAAUCGAAUAUUGAUGCCGAGUGUAGAAGGCCAGCAAGCUGGGAAGUGGGUUGUCAUUGAUUCUGGAAGUAUCAUCAUCCAUGCGCUUGAAGAAAGAGCAAGAGAGUACUAUGAUUUGGAAAGUAUUUGGACAAAGGCGGUGUCCCCUAACAUUUCUGUUCAGGAGUUGGAGACCUCACUUGUGAAGACGCGCCGCAGGGACCUGUCACAGAAACCCAUGAAGAGCAUUUGAGUUAAAUGUGCUGCGGCCAUGAUCCAUCAUCUGUAGUGGGUUUGUUAGGUUGGCAGCGUCAAGCUUGUUUGUGUCAAGAACCUUGAAGGAUAAGUUUGCAAGGUUGCUUGUGAAUGAGACCACCUGGAUUCAUGACACCAGGAUGUCUCUUUGUCAAGUUUGCUUCUGUUAUCUUUUAUCAUUUUGUUGUUUGCAAGUUCAAGACAAGAUUGUUUUCUUUUUCUUUUAUUUUGGUAUUCACCCAUUUGAUGGAUGGUAAUCAUAAUACUAUACUAUCGUGAAGCCAAGGUAAUACGAUGGACAAUUUAGGGUGU